CGCGCGGGUAUUAGUGGGAAGGCAGAGAAUGUCCCAUCAUGCAUCAGGCAACAUUUCAUUGCUGGCACUGAACUAUAUUUUUUACUCUACUGUGUCCAACGAGGGCACUGUCGCAAUAACAGGAAACGGAGUGAUCAGAAUUAUGUGGUUAAAGAGCACGUGCAACCAAGAAGGUUCACCGGUUGGUUCACUAUAUCCAAGAUGGCGAAAGAAAACAGUGAUCAACAUCAACACAAACCCGGACCUUUAAAACAGCAAAAUAAAAGCCACAAACAUGGUAGACACAAAACGAAAGGGAUGCUUGACACUAUAUGUAAAGGACGGGUGAGUGCUAAAUUAGCAGGAAAAAGAGGCAGCAAGGUUAAGGGGAAAAUAGAUCGACGAAAUCAGGCAAAACAGCUUCGUGCCAAUAAACGAGAAGAAAUGUUAAAGGAUAAAAGAAGGAUUGGAAAGCUUGACAGCCCACCUCAGGCUGUGUGUGUAGUUCCUCUGUCAUCAUCCUGUGAUUCAAAUGAACUAUUCGACAAUUUAUCUAAAAGUAACGAGGAAAAUGUUGUGACAAUAACUGAGAAGUGUAAAUUGUUAAGCUGUCCCCACAUGAAGCAGUGGUUCUCGUUCUACAUGCCUAAGUUUGGCGAUCUCUAUGAGAUUCUUGAUGCAGCCAAGGCAGCUGAUGUUGUCAUAUUUCUGAUGGAAGCAAACACUACCCCUGGUCCAUUCGGAGAUAAAUGUCUGUCGUGUGUCGUUGCUCAGGGAAUACCAUCAUGCUUCCACAUUGUUCAGGGAAUUGAUAGUAUCCCAAAAAAGAAGCAAACGAAUAUAAAGAAGAAUUUUAAUAAGCUUGUUGAACAAAGAUUCCCAAAGGAGAAGAUCCAUUCCGUUGACACGCCCGAGGAAGGAAAUCAGUUGUUGAGGCUUAUCGCCCAUCAUCACCACAAAACAGUUGUUUACAAAGGGACUCGCGCACAUAUUUCGGCGCAUAACGUGCAAUAUCAGACUUCAGAAAAUAACCAGGACCAUGGUACUUUAAAAGUGUCGGGUUAUGUGAAAGGUCGUUCUCUGUCAGCAAACCAACUUGUUCAUAUUCCUGGUUUCGGAAAUUUCCAAAUGACACAGAUAGAUUCAUGCCCUGAUCCUAGCCCAGGGAAGAAAUUCAGGAGGAAACAACAGAGCAUGAAUGUUGAUGAUGACGUGACCGCAAUGGAGGAAGAAAUUAGAAUUCUUCAGAAAUCAGACCCGGCGUUUCAGGAAACAUUAGUGUGCGAAGUUGUCCCUGAUCCAAUGGAAGGAGAGCAAACAUGGCCGACCGAUGACGAACUGAAAAACGCUGAACUAACAAGGAACGCUCGAAUUGUGAAGAAAGUCCCUAAAGGUACGUCUGCGUACCAAUCUUCAUGGAUAUUGGAUGAUCAUGAGGAUCACAGUGAUGGUGAUGUCAGCUCAGAUGAGGAAAGUGCGGGUGAAAUGAUGGAAGAUGAUACGAUGGCAGAGAUGCCAGACGACGAUAGCAACGAUAACAACGAUGGCAAGCACCACGAGGGUGAGGACAUUGAAUUGGACGAAUACGAAACGAUCAGUGUUGCUACGGAUACACAAGACUCCAGAUAUGAUGAAAAGUAUCCUGACGAUGAUCAUACUGAGCUGGAGAAAGAGCGAGCUGAACGAGAAAACGAAAUGUUUCCAGAUGAAAUAGAUACUCCGUUCGAUGUGCCUGCUCGAAUGCGAUUCCAGAAGUACAGAGGACUAAAGAGUUUCAGAACCUCGCCUUGGGAUCCGAAGGAAAAUUUACCAUCCGAUUAUGCCAGGGUAUUUCAGUUCGAAAACUUUGAUCGAACUAAACGGCGCAUCCUAAAAAAAGUCGACGACGAAGGCGCUUUGCCAGGCUGGUACGUAACAGUUCAUAUAAAGGAUGUACCAAAACACGUUGCAGAUAAUUUUUCUGGAUCAAGACCAUUGGUUUUGUUCGGAGUUUUACCUCAUGAACAAAAGAUGUCCGUUCUACAUUUUGUAAUCAAGCGUCACCCGAGAUACACUGAAACCAUCAAGGCUAAGGAACAGCUUAUUUUCCAAUGUGGAUUCAAGAGAUUUUCCGCUUCGCCCACAUUUUCCCAGCACAAUGCUGGAAAUAAAUUCAAAAUGGAACGUUUUCUUCCCAAAGAAGGGGUUGUUGUUGCCACGGUGUAUGCAUCAAUAACAUUUCCCCCCUGUCCAACGUUGGUAUUUAAAGUCGAGCAAAAGUCUGGCAUUCCUAAACUGGUCGCAACUGGAUCGCUAUAUCAAGUUAACCCAGACAGAAUCAUUGCUAAAAAGAUCGUUUUGAGUGGUUUUCCAUUCAAAAUAAACAAGAAGUCCGCUGUCGUUCGACAUAUGUUCUUUAAUAGAGACGAUAUUUCGUGGUUUAAACCUGUCGAGCUGUGGACAAAAUACGGAAGGAGGGGCCAUAUUAAAGAGCCUUUAGGCACGCAUGGUCACAUGAAAUGUGUCUUUGAUGGUACUAUCAAAGCUCAAGAUACCGUAUGUAUGAAUUUAUAUAAACGUAUUUUCCCUAAGUGGACAUUCAAUGAUCAGGUGGAACAUGCACGAUGCCAUGAAGUUGAAGAGGAAGAUAGAAUGACUGUUGAUGAAAGCUAAAGAGAAAAGUGUAUUUUUGUGGCUCUAAAAUCGCAUGACUUGGCAAUCAACCAGAGAAGAUUGUUAGCCUACCAGCUGGGUUUAACCAAAGAGUCGUGUAGCGUAUAAUCGAGGCUUGUUUGCCUUUGUUUUAAUGGACCGCCUGCAUGCGGAUAAUGUUGUUUCACUUGUUGUGAGACUGCCUUUGCAGGGGUGCCCCCCAAAAGCGAACAGGCAUAAAUAACUAUGAAUGGAUUCAGAAAUCCGAACCCCAUGAAAAAUUUUACGUUCAACUGUUUUUUCGUGGACCUGUACUAUUUUUUCGGGGGACACCUAGCUAUAUAUCGUAAAUAUUCGUUUUAAUUGUUCAGGGUGCUGGGGCCAAUUGUAUAAAAGACUAUUGAAGUUAACUUUUAACUGAAAUUAAGGACAGAAUUGGCCAAUCAGAGUCGUGUAUUUCGGAGUUAACCAGGGUUUAACUAUGCAAAAUGUAGUUAAAGAGUUUUAUACAACCGGCCGCAGGGAAACGGGAGGUGGGAAAAGCAUGCAGGAGUUAGGAGUUCUGGAAAUAUUCCGCGAAAUAGAUGACAACUCCUCUUCUCAGGAAAAGAUAAAAUUCAUGUUUUGACUAGGAAUAUAAUCCGAAACAAUGGUGCGGUGUGAAGGUGCAUGCAUCUGUUCGUCAAUAUACGGAAAACACGGAAUCGAAAUA